AUGGAUUUCAAAGGCUUCAGCACAUCAAGGCGACGGCGUGCUGGCCGUGUGCAGCCUGGAGCACUUCAGCCACCAGAUCCUCUUGCUGUUCAAAAUGCAAUCGAACUUCUCAAAACCACUGGAGCUUUAGAUAACAUAGAGGAGCUUACUCCGCUUGGCAUGUCGCCAUCUUUGCACACUACCAUUGGAUCCAAACAUUGGGAAGAUGCUUCUAAUGGGUUCUAUCUUUCAAUGCCUGAAUCAUGCCUUAACAAUUGCAGCUGCCCUUGCUCAUCGUGA